AUGUGGGAAGCUUACAACCCUUACGAAGAAUCCAAUCAUGAGAAUCCAUCUCCAAAUUGUUGGCUCGGCGUAGAGUAUGCCCGUGCUAGGGGUUUUUUCUCCCUCAUAUUUGGUAUUAGAAAAAAGGAGAUUUUGAGACCCAAGUACAAGACACCCAGCGACAACUCAUCUGAGCGUGUUUCUAUCACUGGUCGGAUAUACCAUUGUGCCUUAAGACGCGACAAGCUACCUUCCUGUUACACGAUAGUGCAAGGCACAUUCAACCCGGUGAUCAAACAAAGGGGCCGUUUUCCUCCUAAUCGACUGGCAGGCCUUAAUAUGCUGAUCAGGUUCGAGAAAGGAGAAGACACCGGAUCCGGGGAAUGGUACCUUAACAUCACAGCUCUCUCCUUUCAAGACCAACUUCCUCCUUGCAACAGAUUUUGGUGGGCGGUUUUCGCCCCAAACGAAACGAUUCCCCUGAAAGAACAACAUCUGAUGUCAGCUGGGACACGGAACGAUCUGCUCCCUGAUGUGCCUGGCCGGGUGGACUCUGCCACAUGGCUAUGUCGUAGGAUAAUCGCUUCUAGAUCGGCUGAGACGGAAAUGAAGUUGGAUCGUCUCUGGGGGCGGAAGUUGAAGGUGGAAGGGAGGCUUUGCGAGAGAAUCUCAUCCGCCUUCUCUUUUGGCCCCUCCUCCACUCUCUCUUCUCUUCCGUUGCCUCUGAGAACAUUUUCCUACCACAUCCCACAUCCACCAUCAUUUUUCGUUAUGCGAAUGUCUCUGCCCAGAGUGAGUCUGGUUCUCAAACCUGCUGCUGAGCUGAAGAGUCACUAA